AUGGAAAAAAGUAGAGGCUCAUCAUUCACUCAACAUAAAGAUGAAUUAUUAUGUUGUGAGUAUUUAGAAAUAUCACAAGAUCCAAUUGGUAGCAAUAACCAAUCACUAGGAACUUGA